CUUUCCGUAACCUGGUGUUAUCAUAAUCAUGGUGCCAAUGCGAUAUCGUGAGUGAACGGUCAAUUCGCAGUCUCCGUCGAUAUGAAUUUGAGCGGUACGUUACUGACCUCGCGCCCCUUCGCUGCAAAUGUUUGCGCCCUAUGUCGAAGUCAAAAGCGAAAAUGUGACAAGGCGAUGCCGUCAUGUUCGCGAUGCCAAAAAUUGGGAAUCCCUUGUGACUACGAUUUCUAUCUCACAGAGCUCGCCAAUUCCGCUUCAUCGCUACCCAUGCGUUUAUCCUUAGCGUUAGGACAAAUAUGGCUGCCACCGGUUACCCUGGAGGCCUUACAGCCAUAUCAAGAUAAUGUUCAAGGCCGGAGGAUCCAUGUUGACCAAUUUGCAGUGCAAUUAAUAAUGACAAGCUUAGCUAAGAGUAGAGUUCCCCUGCAAGAUGUGCUGUCCGUUUACUUCUUUUCAUUACAGUCUUGGCUACCGGUAAUCCACGAGAAGAGCUUCCGAUCCCGAGUUACCCAACUUCGCUAUGCACCAAGAGCAGACACUGCCCUCCUAUUGUUGUGUAUGUAUGUAGCAGCCCAAGGGCAGGGUAAUUCUCCCGAGAACGAGAAUGCGCAGCACGAAGCCUAUUAUAUCUGCAAAUAUCUAUUCUCAUUUCUACAGAUAGUACAGCCCCCUAGCUUGGAGAUGGUUCAAUGUGGGCUCUUGAUUACGGUGUUCGAAGUCGGGUCUGUGCUCUCUGCUGCAGCUUCUGUGAGUAUAGCGACUUGCGCUAGAUUGGGAUAUGCGUUGGGUUUACAUGUGGACCAACAAAAAGACUUUGGAAAUAUAUCACCUGCAUGGGUAGAGGCGGAAGAACGGCGCAGAGUCUGGCUGGGCUUGUUCAUAUUGGACCGACUUGUGAUGCAGGCCGCGACUAAUUGCAGAGCCCCUCAUGUAGUUGGCGUACCUGACCCGACCUUCCGCCUGCCUGGACCAGAUGCUAUUUGGGACGGGCCGUGCGAGCUAAUGCGAGGCGAGAUACCAGGAGCUACCCUGGCGACAGCUGUGGAAAUGCGCGUUUCAUAUUUCGCUCGUGAGGUCCAGGCGAGUGAAUUGCUUGGGCAGGCCCAGGAAUUGAUCAACAUCCACGACAGCUUGGAGCUCCUUGAGAAGUUAGAAAACCUCGAGACCAAGGUACUUUAUAUGACAAAAAUCUUAUUUGAUCAAACACCUGGGUCAUGGGUUGUUUUUUGCGGAGCGAAUUCCAUUUGUUUGUUGACCAUGAUCCUGCUGCAACAGGGUCGUAUGGCAGAAGAAGCGCCAAUUCUGGGUUCUGUCGACCAACGACGAUCUGUGGACAAGGGUUUACUGGCCGUGUCGUCCACUAUUAAUAUGAUUUGCGAGAUCUGCGCCAAAUUUAACGAGGUGGCUACGAGUACAGAGGCAAAAUUAGUUCCUCUGCCAGCAGUAAUCUGUACCGGGAUGGCAGCUCUUGCGGCAUUACAGGUUAACCAGCCUCAAGAAAACACCAGUGCACUCAAAAGGACGUUGGAGCUUUCUUGUGAAAAAUGGAAACUAGCCCGUCACUAUCUCAAGAAACUUGAGGUGUUUGAAGGGAAAUGGCAAGCGGCACCUUAGUUGAGCAAAGAAAUCACGUAACUCAGAGUUGUUUUUGCUAAUGUUUGCGAGCAAUAAUGUUUAUUUUUACGUGUGAAUUAUCUAAAG